CACUACUGAGGAAGCAGUUUGAAAUGCAGACAGAAUCUUCAAGACCUUUGAAUGUGCUCUUGGUUUCUGUUUAGUUAGCUUUGAAUGAAUGUACAGAUGGAUACAUACAUACACGUUUCUUUUUGUAAGGAAUGAGCAUAUGGAAUAUAGAAGCGAUUUAAGUGGAUACAAUACCUGAAGGCAAUGUCGAGUCAGUCUGGAUUUUCAAACUCUGUUUCUCUACCGGGAUAUCCAUUCUACCAGGUGUCAUGCAGCCAUAAUCAGCAGACCACAUCAUUUAGACAUCCUGUGACAGGACAGGUUUCUCCAGAAAACAUUGAAUUUAUUUUGCGAGAAGAGCAGAAUUCAUCUAUGUCCAAGCAACAAAUAAACCAAAGACCUUCAAGCAUGGUCAGUGAAACCUCCACUGCAGUAACUACGUCUGCUGUUGAUACAAAACCUGGCUCUAAGGUUGUCAAAUCUGGAAACAAAGUUCAUAGCUUUGGAAAGAGGGAGCAAGCUAUCAGGAGGAAUCCCAAUGUUCCUGUUAUAGUAAGAGGCUGGCUACACAAACAGGAUAGCUCUGGCAUGCGGUUGUGGAAAAGGCGAUGGUUUGUGCUGGCUGAUUAUUGUUUAUUUUACUACAAAGACAGCAGAGAAGAAUCUGUUCUGGGCAGCAUACCAUUGCCUAGCUACGUAAUAUCUCCGGUGGGACCUGAGGAUCGCAUAAAUCGCAAGUUUUCUUUUAAGGCUGUUCAUACAGGUAUGAGGGCAUAUAUUUAUAAUAAGAAUUCUGUUAUUGGCUCUCAGGCAGAGCAUUCAGGGAUGCGGACGUACUACUUCAGUGCAGAUACCCAGGAGGACAUGAAUGGCUGGAUCAGGGCUAUGAAUCAAGCUGCUCUCAUGCAAACACGCUCUUCACUGAAAAGAGAAACUGAAAAAGUGGAUCAGCAUGCUGUACCCCAAGUCAAUCAUGUGGACGCCUGUAAAGAGUAUGUGAAGGCUGAGGUUACAGAUACAAAAGAAAGCUUUCAAAAAUCAGCUGAAAUGCUUGGAUAUGAUAAGCAUGAAGAGAUAAGAAGAGAAAAAGAGGAGGAGGAGCGUUAUAUCCACAGAAAAGAAACUCUGGCAACUAAGAAGGGAAAGGCUAAGCAUGCGUUAAGAGAAGCUGAUUCAUUAUUUCCAGACUUAAUGAAUGCAUCACGGCCCCAAGCAGCUCAGCCUCAGCCAGCUGAGAAGAAUGGAACACUUCCUAGUUCAUUAAGUAUGAACGCUGGCCUAGUGGAGCAGAAUGGUACCAGCUCAUAUAAAAGAGGGUUUGUUCCCAGAACGAAUCCAGAUAAACAGAUUCAAAGAAAAAGUAACAUGGCUCAAGUGGAGCACUGGGUAAAAGUCCAAAAAGGAGAUACAAAAAGCCUCACUUGUGAUCAGACUCUUACACGUCAGGGUCCCAAUCCACCUUUUCCUGAAAACUAUCACACUUUGCCAAAGAAUACCAGGCAGCCUUCAGGGAGCUCACCACCACCAAACCGCAAUUUGCCGAGUGACUACAAAUAUGCACAAGAUCGUGUUAGCCACUUGAAGAUGUCCCAGGAGGAAAGGAAAGCAAAUAAGGAUGGAACUGUUUGGCAGCUAUAUGAGUGGCAGCAGAGGCAGCAAUUUAAACAUGGCAGCCCCACUGCCCCACUUUAUGUAAGUUCUUCAGACUUUGUUGAUCGUGGAAAGUCAAAAAGUUCAUUAGAUGUUCCACGAUCAAUAUCUGUUCCGCCCUCUCCAUCUGAUAUUCCUCCACCUGGACCUCCAAAAAGCUUUUUCCCAAGGAGACCACAUACUCCUGCAGAAAGGCUAACAGUUAAACCAUCUGAUGAGAGACAGACUGUAGAUGUUCCUUUCGCUGGAUCACCCAGGAAGAUACGAAAUCAUGCUGUAAAGAGCUCAACUCACAUUGAUCGACGCUCUAUGCCUGCCAUGGGCUACAUGACACAUACUGUGAGCGCACCCAGUUUGCACGGCAAGUCGGCGGAUGACACUUACAUCCAGUUGAAAAAGGAUUUGGAGUAUUUGGAUCUAAAGGUGACGGGGCGUGACACAUUAAAAGAACGAAGCACAAAACCUGUCAAGAUUGCUGAAAGUGAUAUUGAUGUCAAGCUAAGCGUUUUCUGUGAGCAGGACAGAAUUCUGCAGGACUUGGAGGACAAAAUAAGAGCCCUUAAGGAAAAUAAAGAUCAGCUGGAGUCUGUUUUGGAGGUUUUACACAGGCAGAUGGAACAGUACAAAGACCAACCACAACACGCAGAAAAGAUUUCUUACCAGCAGAGACUUCUGCAAGAGGAUCUCAUACGUAUUCGGGCUGAAAUAUCCAAAGUGUCAACGGAAAUGGAAAAUGCCUGGAAUGAAUAUCUGAAAUUAGAAAAGGAUGUGAGCCAGUUGAAAAAAGCCUUACAGGAACAGAUGAAUAGUUCAUUGGUAUCUCAGGAGAAAACACAAAUACAAAAAGACUUGUGGAGAAUUGAAGAUGUUACAGCUGGCUUGAGUGCAAAUAAAACAAACUACAAAACCAUAGUAGACUCUAUUAAGAAUCCAGAGAGAAAAACAGUGCCUUCAUUUUCUCAGUCUUCAGUGCCUUCCUUACCAGCUUCCCUUGCAGCUGUGGAGAGCAAACUUUCGGUCCCUCAGAGCCCUCCGUCCAGUCCGGUUAAAUCCUCUCUGGAGGUUCGGCUGUAUCCACAGCCUUAUUUCCAGGCCAGAACACAGCACCAAGCACAGCAGCUGAAAAAAAUUGAGCCACCUCUUCAGUCACCAAUUAAGCUAAAGCCAAAGGUUGAAGAUGAAGCACCGCCCAGACCUCCUCUCCCUCAGUUGUACAGUCCUGAUGAUCAACCACCAGCUGUUCCACCCCUCCCAAGAGAAGCCACUGUCAUCAGACACACAUCAGUGCGGGGCCUGAAACGUCAAUCAGAUGAAAGAAAGAGAGACAGAGAACUCGGACAGUAUGUAAAUGGAGAUUAUAGGGUGGAACUGCGUUCAUACAUGAGUGAACCAGAACUAGCAAUGAUAGGUGGUGACCUCAGCCAACCUUCCAGUGGUAUAAUAAGCUCUGACAGUGGCUACCAGACAUUACCCACCCGAGGUUUAUCUGGAUCAACUUCUAGAUUACACCAAUCAUCUACCGUUUUGUCAUAUGCAACACUUCGAAGGGAUAGGUCCAAGGAGAGACCAAAGAGUGCCUUGGAACGUUUAUACUCUGGAGACCACCAAAGAGGCAAGAUGAGUGCAGAGGAACAACUCGAAAGAAUGAAACGACAUCAGAAGGCACUCGUUCGUGAACGCAAGAGAACUCUUAGCCAAGGAGAAAGGCAGUCUGUUUCAUCUCGGUCUUUCAUCAGGCCCAUUUCUGCAGACAUAGGCUCAUGGAAACGAGAGCAAGAAUUUGAUUUGCAGUUACUUGAGAGGGCAAUUCGUGGAGAAGAGAAGGAUGAAAAUGAAUGGUUAAAAGUUCAGCCAGUAGCAGUGACAGAGACAGACCUGGAGCCUCAAGACUAUGAUUUAGAUAUCAGCAGAGAGCUGUCAAAACCUGAGAAGGUUGCAAUUCCAGAACGCUAUGUUGAACUGGAGCCAGAAGAGCCUCUUUCUACAGAAGAACUGGCAGCAAGGCAACGGAAAGCAGAGAAGAUAAAGAAUAUUCUUACUAAAUCAAGUAUGCACAAUCUCCAGCCUGCUAUUGCCCAGGACAAACACAACUCAGUUGAUUUAGAUUCACAGCUGCAAGAGCAGGAGCGCAUCAUUACCAUAUCAUACGCUUUGGCUUCUGAAGCCUCUCAGAGGAGCAAGGAGGUAGCAGCUCAGCAGUUGACCUAUCCACCUAAAGCACCCUCACCUUCUGUACCACAGCCACCUCACUCCCCCUUAAGCAAUGGAUUUCACUACACAUUUGUUUAAACACCUUAAAACCAAAGCAGUAAGUGAACACUGACAUGAGGCUGAAAGCCAAUCCCACCUAGUGACGCCAUGUGGAAGGAAGAGUUCUUUACCAGCUUUCUCUGAAGAUGCUCAUCAGCUGAUGACAUGUUCUUCUGGAAAUACAUUCAGAGAAUAAUAGGGGGAUUUUCUGUGAAAAUGAAGAGAAUUGCAAAUAAUUUUAUUUUGUCUUCAGUUUAGUUCAAACUUUUUAUAUGAAUAAAUGGCACUUUUAAUAAACACUGUAUAAUACCAACAAUGUAUUUUUAGAACAAUGUAUUUUAGAUUUAUUUUUUUUUUAAUCAAGGGCUGAAUCCAGUUGAAGAGAAACUACUUGCAUUGAUGUUAAGAGAUGCUGUCACUUUCCCCGCAGGCUCGGAUGCACAAUGUAAAGUUUCAUAAAAAAAAAGUAAAUUUGAACAAACCUUAGAAGCACAUUCAUAGGACAUGGGUAGAGCCUGACACAAGGGAGAGGUUUGCCAAAAGGGUGUUUUGGAUUGAAUAUUUUGGUAGAGUUAAUAACCCACCCUUUUUCCCAUUAAAUAAUAUGUUACACGGAACUUCUAUUGUGAAUUUCUAAAUAUCAGUGACCACUAUAUAGCUGAAAUGUUCCAUGUAAGCCAUGAUGAAAGCCAUUUUUAACUCCUGUUUCCUUUUUUGAUCCCAUACAAUUAACUUGCUGGUAUCAAUACACAGUACAGUAGGUUGCUUUUGACAGUAGUGCUGUCCCCUCAGUAACAACCAACUAACAAAUUAUAUUUUUUGAAAGUUGAGAUGCAUAAGAAAACUUUUAAAAUACACAAACUAAACAAUACUUUUUAAAAAAGGAUAUGUCUACUAGUGAAAUUAUUAUUUUUUUUUCAAUAAACAUUACAAUAUGAUGUAUUGAUUAGUAUUUAUCCUGGAAACAGCAAAGCUGAUAUAAUGUGACACCUGCUAAUUUUGUUCACCUGAUGCUUAACUUUGCCAAACUUUAAAAUUCAGUGUUUUACUUAUGUAUAGGGCGAGGGGUGAGAUAGUUACGUAAGAAGAAAGUAAGAUGAAAUUAAUUGCUGCAUUUACUUUACUUGAAAAAACCUGUGUAUGCAUUCAGUGCAAGACUGCAAAAAUUUUCCAAUAUUAUGUAAUUAUUAGUUGAGUUCAGCUCUGGAUGAGAAAUGGCUGAGAAAUGCUUCUGCCAUAUUUUGUGAAACCCCUAACUCGUUUAUUUUCUGCAUUCAAGAAAUAGCAACAAACCCCUUGAAAUUGAUUAACCUUCAAGUUUCAGACUUUAGGACAAAUCAUAUAUUAACACUAUACUCUGAAAUAUUCUUUAAAGUAUAUAUUUAGCUAAUGCAAUCUAUUUUACCUCAAUACUGCCAGUAUCAAUUUCAAGACGUUUUGCCAAAAUAAUGAUUUAUUUUUGCCUUUAUAAAAAGUUUUGAAAACAUAAAUGAAUAUUUUGCAAGAAAACAUUAAUUUAAAUAAGAUGUAACAGUUUGGGAAAUGGUAUAUGUACAGAUUAAAAUAUUAACCUAACUGCC